AUGGCACCCGCCUUAGACACAUUCCACUCUUUCCUCACGACGAAUCCUAUCUCUAAUGCUUUCUCCGAUGUGCUCAAUUCCUUUUCCGAAAGGAGAGCCAAGCUCGGCCUCUCAAAUCCCGGCACUGUCGAAAACCUGAAUAAGGAGGUCACACGCGAUGUCUUCCUCAACAACUACAUGUUCAGCGGCAUGCGCGCCGAUGUCACCAAGGCAUUCAGCAUGUCCCCUCUAUUUCAAGUCUCCCAUGCUUUCGCCAUGGGCGAACGGCUCAACCCUUACACCUUCGCUGCCCUGUACGGAACAAACAAGGUGUUCUUGCAAGGAAACUUGGAUAACGAGGGCUCGCUGUCAUCUCGCUUCAACUACAGGUGGACAGACAAGCUGGUUUCCAAAUCGCAGCUGCAGAUCGUCCCGGGUUCCGGACAGGACAUGGUCCAGUUCGAAAACGAGUACGUUGGCGAUGACUUCACUGCGUCUCUGAAGAUGAUCAACCCUUCAGCACUGGACAGCGGUAUUACGGGUAUCUUCAUCGGUAGCUACCUUCAGUCCGUCACCCCCAAGCUCGCCCUCGGCCUCGAGACCGUCUGGCAGCGUGCCGGCCUCACCCAGGGCCCCGAGACCGCCACCUCCUAUUCGCUGCGCUACAAGUCGGACGACUGGGUAGCCACCGCCCAGCUCCAGGCCCAAGGAGCCCUCAACACCACCUACUGGCGUCGUUUGUCCGAUAAGGUCCAGGCCGGUUGCGACCUGACCCUGUCCCUCGUGCCGAGCGCCGCCGGCUUGAUGGGCGGUUUCCAGAAGGAGGGCGUUGCCACUGUCGGCGCCAAGUACGACUUCCGCAUGUCCACCUUCCGCUCUCAGAUCGACUCCAAGGGCAAAUUGAGCUGCCUGUUGGAGAAGCGCAUUGCUCCUCCUGUCAUGAUGACUUUCGCCGCCGACAUUGACUACUUCUCGCAACAAGCGAAGCUCGGUAUCGCCGUCUCCGUCGAGUCUGCCGGCGAGGAUCUUCAGGAGCAGCAGGAAGCUAUGGGCGGUGCUCAGCCCACCCUCAACAUCCCCUUCUAA